AUGACCCAACCGCCGGCUCAACCGCAUCUUACAGCCCAGUUCUGCUUCUCGACAGGAUCUUUGAGGGACUUUUUACGGCUGUCUCGCGCCACCAUUGACGACUCGAUCACCCAAAACCUCAAUGCCCUCGUAACACCCGCGCGAGCCGGCUUCGACCCGACAUCGACCUCACAACGAACACCGCGUUCCUUUCCUCGGCAGAUAGAUCCGCAAGCGUGUCAGAAGUUCAAAGACCAGGUGCUCUUCCCGACAUGGCAUGCGCGAGCUGAAGUCUUGCACUACUGCGGAGUGGUCGCCACAAGCCCAGACCCCGACGAUCCAGAGGCUCUAGCCCAGCAGAUCGAGGCCGCCAAAGACAAGGAGCGUGUUGUCGACGAACGUUUGGAUCCAUACUCUGGGCGAUUCUUCCCCCGAGAGCCUCGGACAGAGCAGCUCGCGAUGCUUAUCCGGCAGGAAAAGGGCGUGGAGAAUAUUGUGCGGACGAGAACGUGGGAUAUGGUCAAACAACGAUGCGGCGAGUCGGCAAACACGUGGGAGGAGGCUCUCGCGAGCUGGCGCUCAAUAGCGGCUGUGAAAGGCGAUGAUCAAUAG